AUGGCCUCCACGAGCAUUCCAUACCACAAGCUGGUAGUCCUAGGGGCAGGAGGCGUAGGGAAGACGGCGCUCGUCAUUCAACUAGUCGUCGGCGCGUUCGUUGCUGAGUACGAUCCCACGAUCGAGGAUUCCUACAAGAAGAAGGUGCAUAUAGACCACGAACCGUGCAUGAUUGACAUUUUGGACACCGCCGGGCAAGAAGAGUAUUCGGCCAUGAGAGAGGAAUAUAUGAAGACCGGAGAAGGAUUUGUCUUGGUGUACAGCGUCUUGUCGCGGACGUCGUUCGAAGAUGUCCAGAUCUUCUAUGAACAGAUCAUGCGGGUCAGAGCUGCACAGUCGACCGGCCCAAAUUCUAUCCUACGAUCACCGAUAAUUUGUCUGGUCGCGAACAAAGCAGACAGCGAAGGUGAGCGGACCGUGUCCACGAGCGAGGGUUUUGCGCUGGCCAAGAGCUCGGGUGCAUUGCGUCUCAUGCUCCAGCAGAGGCUGGCAUACGGCCAUAGCGAGAAGCAGUCCAUCAUGGACGCCGUAGAGGAGUUUCGGAAGGAAGCCAACUUCAAAUCUGUUCCGGGGGGCAGGAGAGCCUCCCUCCUCUCUUUCUUCUCGUGGAGUAGGUCUUCAACGCCGCGCCCUCAACAUAAGGCACGAGCACCACUCAGUAUCGUCCCACAAGCUGCUGUCGAUCAACUGCUGGUUCAGGCUGCCAGGAGAGAUGACAAAAAGACGGUCAAGCAACUGCUUGAUAUGGGAGCGGACCCUGACAGCCCUUCAGUACUGGACGGAAGCGCACUGUAUGCCACUGUAUCAGUUGGCCACGAACAGAUGGUCAGACUACUGCUCAAGAACAAGGCUUCCGUGAAUGCGCUUGGUCUUGCAGACCAAAGCUGCCUCCACGCCGCAAGCCUCGAAGGGCAUACCACAUUGAUUGAGUUACUGAUAGACUGUGGCGCUCAUAUCGAGGCUCAGAGCGAGAAGUAUGGAACUCCGUUGCUAGCAGCUGCGGCACGCGGUCAGGUGGGAGCCGUGCGAACAUUGUUACAGCAUCGUGCGAAUGUGAACGCUACCGGAGGCAUAUACGGCAAUGCUUUGCAAGCAGCUGCCUGGAUCGGGAACGUCGAGAUUGCCCAAAUCCUGCUGAACUCCGGCAUCAAUCUGCAUGCGCGAGGGAAGGGAAACUCCACCGCUCUCCAAAUUGCUUGCUGGGCCGGCAAGCAUGAGGUUGUCCGUCUUCUGCUACUUCAUAUACAUGAUUCCAAAGGCAAGUACGGAAGCCCUUUGAGGGCCGCCAGUGCGAAUUCACAUUUUGAUGUCAUGAAGCUGCUUUUCGAGUUUGGUGCAAAGGAGGAAGAUCUUGCGAAUGAUGUCCACAACAUGCCCGAACACAGCCAUGUGCAGAGCGAUGGUUCAAAUCACAAGAGAUCGCAGUCUACUCCUAUGAGCGUAACACCAAACCCACCAGAGCUGGCUUCGCAGACCACAAGACUUCCUGAUGAUCCCGUACGCGCAGUGCGCGACAAGUCAAACCAAUGGCUUAACCGCAUCGCAGAGUCCGACUUCAACAGAGACGUUGUCCUCGCCUACUCAUCAAAACGCGGAAGCAUCAAAGCAGAACGCGUCAAGGUAGCUGUACUGGACACUGGCUAUGAUCCGGACGCAUCGUUCUUCGACCGUCCCAGGACAGACCGGAUCAAGGGCUGGAAAGACUGGGCCGACGGCUCAGAAAUUUCUGUGGACGAGAGCGGUCAUGGGACGCAUGUGGUGUCUCUGCUGAUGAAGGUGGCUCCAUAUGCGGACGUUUAUGUUGCCCGUGUUGCUAGGAACGUUGACGGUCUGGGAGGAGCUGGUGAGAGCAUUGCGAAGCGACGACAGGCUAUCCUUUGGGCAGCAACCGAAUGGCGUGUCGACAUGAUCUCCAUGUCCUUUGGCUUCGACAAAGAGAUCAUCGUCAACGGCGAACCCGUCAUCAGCAACGCCAUCAACGAAGCAGUCCUCAAACGCUGGGGCUACAUCUUGUUCUUCGCUGCCGUAGCCAAUUACGGCGGAAACCAGAAAGAGAUGUUUCCAGCAUGCCAUCACAGUGUCAUCCCUAUUCGAGGCACUAACGCUCUCGGCGUCUUCCAGGACUACAACCCACCUCCAGACCCGAAUGGCCCUGCCGUAUUCGGCACGCUUGGAGUGGAAGUGCCAGCAGCAUGGCUGAGCACCCACGAUGGUCUGGCCUAUAAAUCCGGGACGUCUGUCGCUACGCCCAUCGCUGCAGGCAUCGCCGCUAUGGUCCUCAGCUGCGCAAGCCUGUCGUAUGCGGAUCGUGUGCCUUCGACGCCCAACCCCCUGAGACAUCUGUGGAUGAAAGGCGGGAUGCUGUCGGCUUUCCACUACAUCUCGACAUGUAUGGAGCCGAGGUGCUUCUAUAUGAGUCCCUGGACAUUCAUCCAGAAGAGCGAUGAGGAGAGGAAGGCAUUGUUGAUCGUUGCUACUGCCAAUGCGAGAUGA